AUGGCAGACUCUGAGGCAAUCACGCAUCAGGCCUCACCUCUAGGGUCGGAGAUAGAGCCAGGAACGCCAGCGUUGGACGUAGGCUCAAAACUGCCCGAUACUAAGGAAGACGACGACGAUGAUUCAGGCAGUGUCCACACUACAACAACAGAUGAUAUAUUCGCGAAAGAUUUACCAACAAUUCGGCAGCCCCAAAAAAUUGGGCAACGAGAGCUUGGCCUCCAUUGUACCCUUGGUUUGGGCUGGUAUGGUUCUGCAUACGAUGAUUAUGAUAUCAUCACCGUUCAUGGUAUUCGCGACGAUUACAAGACUGCCUGGAUUGCCCCAGAUGGCAGCUGGUGGGUGAGACAAAAGCUAUUCGAAAGCCUGCCGGGCAGACAGCUCGAUUAUUCAUACGAGGUUGAUCAAGAAUCAUUACUCUACCAACCGAACGGCAUCAGGGCACAUGCAGAAAGGCUGGUCACGGAAUACGCCGAAAUUCGCAAAGAGCUUGAGGAGACUGAAGUCGACCGUCCCAUCAUUUGGAUUUGCCAUGAUCUUGGAGGAACAAUCGUGAAAGAGGCUCUUUCCAUAGCUAUCAACAACCCUGCCAAGUAUGGGAAGAUAGCUAUUCUUACCACGGGGCUCAUCUUCUUGGGCACGCCUCACCGAUUCCAAUCCACUGGCGACCUCGAGGAUCAAAUACACAAGCUUAUUCUCCUCCCAGGCCCCGAGAUCAAGUAUCGAGUGUUACCCAAGGUCACAAACCUCGCAAGUCAGGUCAACAUGAUUAACGAGAGGUUUCUGGGAACGAAGAUUUUGGAUCGUGCUGCCAGUUUCAACAUCUUCACACAGAGUGUUGGUGAUAUCCUCGCUCAAAGGCCCACCGGCGAUGGCACAAUUGGAGCUGUUGCCACAAACCCGACGAAACAAGAUAAUCUACAAGACCCGGUGAAUUCAUUCCCGCGAUACGCACACUCGAUUGGGCAUUCAUUUGAAGCAAUUGGAAGAUUUCCGUGUGCAGAUAUCGACCAUGUGAAGCUCGUUCAAGGCGACGCAGAUAGCGGUUGGAACUUGGCCGUGUCUGGAAUGUUCAAUGUCCCGGGGUGCAUCAACUCUCGUUCCAUCCACCUCCAAGCACAUCUCCUCUCCCUCGCACCUCCAACUCGGGCUUUGGGUGUCCCCUACGAUCCAGUGCUACCAAAGCCUACCAUUGUAAAAUGGAUUCACACACAAGAGGCAUACACCAGAUUUGACCAAACGGACACGGGGCCAAGACUCUUGCAUCUCUAUGGCGAUGGGAACUCUCUGGUUGACAUCUCGGAGGUGUCCCGUCUCUUCUAUGUCGAUUAUGACGCCAAUCUCGCUAUUCGUGACGGUAGUGGGAAGCCUGAAAACACUGUGAUAUACUUUGAGUUUGAUCAGUGGGAUUCCCGAUAUGGCGAUCUUUCAUCAAUGUUGACGUACUUGAUCAACGUCAUCUCUGGGCACUUCUGGACCGUCCUCGGUCGUUAUAUACCCGAAGAGCUGGGUUUCUUGAAUGUCACACGAUCGUGGUCACUCAAAGACCUAUACCAUCUAUAUUCAGCACUCAGAUUCUUUUCCAGAAGUGUUCUUCGCCUCACUAUAUUCAUUGGCUGCUUCGAUCAAUGCCCGGAAGAUCAGCGGCGAUGGUUUCUUGAGCGUGUUCUGGAGGAACAGGGCUACAGCGACCAAACAUAUCGCAUGAUUCUAUCAACUUCAACCCCGGGCGGCUUGGCCGUUCAAUCUUUUCCUGAUGAAGCACGCGUCAAUCUCAAUGAUUGUCCCGAGGUUGGUGGGUUAGGCGAUAGGUUGGCCGAAGAACUCCAGUUGGGCGUGGCUAGCUUGAUGGGAAAUCGGCCGAUCUAUAAGGAUUUCCGACCCCAGCUCCAGAAGCUAUUCAAGGAAUGCAACGACACACCAUUUCUGGGUCAUAUCAUUUUGAAUUGGCUUGGAAAAAACCAUCGAGGCAAGCCAAAUGCUGAACUUACGGGCAUCAUCGAAAAACUAUUCCCCCUCACGGCAGAGAAUAUCGUCCAGGUCUUCAUCUCCUCUUUGUCACCACGACUCGAAGAAAGAGUUGCAAACGUCUUCAACUGGGUUAAGCACGCUUCAGACCUAUGGUCGCCUGAUUCUCUUGUUGAAGCACUCACCAUCUACGAGUUUCCCAACAAAGAACAUUGCUUGGACGACGUCGACACAGAAGGCACGAUGACCGAAAUAGAAGAGGCGCUGUGUGGAAUCAUCACUGUCAAGGACUGCAAUGUCAAAUUCAGCCACCCUUCGUUCUACCAGGUGCCCGAAAUAGGCGUGGAGGGGAGCGCGGAGGAGCGGGCGGCCAGGGUCAACAGUAUUCUGGCAGAGACGUGCUUGCGUUACUUGCAACUAAAAAGUACACAAGAGGCGCUUGACGAGUUUUCUUCGGAGAAUCUCGAGGGAGGCCCAUGGGAGACGUCAUUGGAUGCGAUAGUUAUUUCGCACCCCAGAACCUCUCUAGCCGAGUAUGCCGUUCGAUUUUGGCCUCAACACUACAAGGCUAGCGGACAGUUCAAGCCUAUUCAACUUGUUCAUGACCUCUUUGCUUCCAAGAAGGCCCGAGCUGCCUGGGAGGUCUGUUUCUGGCUCUUUUCCAAUCCAUUCACCCGGAUACAACGUCACUACAUCUCAACACUCCCAGUCUUUGCCAUGCUGGGGCUAGAAGACUUGGUCGAUGACAAGGCCAAGUCCGAAAAUGACCAGCCUUGGUUUGAGAAAGACUGCUGGUUGGCCAUCACGGAGUGUGUUCGGGCAGGCAACAAGGAAAUGGUCCAGAAACUAUUGAACCGAGUCCGAGUAGAUGAAGAGGAGCUUCAAACCGCUUUACUCUGGGCAGCUGCGCAAGACAACGCCGACAUCUUGAACAUGCUUAUUGACAAGAUACCGAACCUUGCAACAUUCCAGUGGUCUGAGAAAGUCAUGUCUCGAGCUGCUUCUGCCGGACAGGAUGGCCUCAUUGCAGCCAUUCUGUUGUCUGGCUUCAACAUUAAUGAGCUUAGUAGUUACUGGGGAGCCUCUCCAGCAGGUAUUGCGACAUGGCGAAACCAGUUCUCUACAAUGGAGGUUCUGUUAAACUCAGAGUCCAAACCAGACUUGAACCUUACGGACAAUAGAGGUUGCGGCCCAAUUUCAAACGCUGUCAUGAGAGGAGACAUGGGCUUAAUCGAGCUCCUUCUACAACGGGGUGCAAGUAUUGAUACAAGAUACCGCGAUGGCCGAGGAUUAGUACAAUUGGCAGUCGGCAAGGGCCGAUACAAGGUGGUUGACUUUCUGAUCAAGUCUGGUGCCGAUUUCGAAACCGGCGAGCAGGAUAACGAUGCCCUCAUGUAUUGCAGACCGCCGCUUGUCGUUGCAGCCCACGAAGGCUUUCUGGAAUGUGUCCGUGUCUUGCUUCAUCACAAGGCAGAUCCAAAUGUCGAGUGUGCCAGCGGGACUGCACUUUUCAACGCCGUUUGUGAAAACCAUUUGGAUGUGGCUCGAUUGUUGCUCGAUCACGUCCCCAAGCCAGACAUGGAUGUGAUUCCCGAGGGCAAACCUACGCUCUUAAUCUGCGCCAUAAGCACAAGCAACACCCAGCCUGCAUCACUGCUGAUCGAGCACGGCGCCAAGCUUGACUUUAUUAAAGAAAACACUGAUGGGAUCUGCAAGACGCCGCUUUCAAGGGCUUGCUUCGAAGGGAACCUGCAGAUGGUGAAGCUCCUCCUGGAGAACAAGGCUGACGUCAACUACACAGGAGACGUCUCAGCUCCACCAUUGUUCGGCGCUCUGUAUGGAAAUCGCACUGAAGUGGCAAAGUAUUUACUGAAUAAUGGUGCCGACCCCAUGUGGACUGGAUUUGGUGGAAUGGGCUCCCUUCACGCCGGUCACAAAGACCCAGGUAUGAUUGCGGAGCUACUGAAAAGGGCCGUCCCUAUAGAUUCCCACAGCAUCUUCGGAACGGCACUGCACAUGGCUGCAGGUAAUGGCAAGUCCUCGGAGUCUGUUAAAGUACUCCUUGAAAGCGAUCCCAAGCCCAACUUGGAGUUUGCGCUUGGUGACCAUGGGAAGAUCCGAAAGGAGAUCGGGUGCACGCCUUUACAGCUGGCCUGCAUGUACAAAGCGAUUAAAUGCGUCAAACUCCUUCUGGAAGCUGGUGCCAACCCAAAUUUCAGGAACAAGAACGGCCAGAACGCUGUUGAUAUCCUACUCGAUGAGGCAGGAGACUCGGGCGGCGCUGAUGAAAUCCUCAAAUUGCUAUUGUCUAAACGGUACAAGGCAGCUGUUGAUCAAGUCGACAAGAGAGGCCAGACCUGGCUUCAUAAAAUACGCUGGAGAACAGUCCCAUCCACAGUCCGAAUCAUGGUCGAGGCCAAUACGCCUUUGAAUGUCCAGGAUGAGCAAGGACACACUCCCCUCGCUAUGGCCGUCUGGGCACGCAAUGACGGUGUCGCCAAGUACCUCAUCGAGCAAGGUGCCGAAGUCAACGUGUUUGGUCCCGGUUUUGGAAGCAUUCUCCAUAUUGCCGUUAGAAUGGGCUACUUGAGUCUCGUCAAGUUGCUUGUCGAGUCGGGCGCGGAUCUCGAGUCGGUCCAUCGUGAGUAUGGUGAAUCGCUACUGUACACCGCGGUAGGAGUCCGAUCCUCGUGGAGAGCCGAGGAUCUGGUGCGAUAUCUUGUUGACGAAGCGAAGGUGCCAAUUGAGAAGCUGGGUGGCGAGCUCGGGUAUCCGAUUAUUCGAGCUGCUCACAUGGCUUUUGCCGACCCAACAAAAGUCGGGAUACUCAAGUUUCUUAUUCGGCGCAAGGCUCCGUUGAAUUCUGUCGACAGUCAACAGCGCCGCGCCGUGCACCUCGCGUGUAGAUCAUACUCUGACGAGGCCAUCAGAGCCUUAGUUGAGGCCGGAGCGAAAAUUAAUGUUAAGGACAGUUUUGGCCGCAUGCCGAUUCACUUUGCGGCAUCCGCUCCAGGCAGUUCCUGCACCCGCUACCUCUUGGAAAAGUUCCAAAUGGACGUCAACGUGUUGGACCACGACAACUGGACUCCGCUGAUGUGGGCAGCACGCUCAGGUUCCGAAAACACUAUCAAGCAGCUAGAUGAGUGGUCGGCAUUGAAGUUGGCGAACUUUGCGGGUCGGCCUGAGUCCUUAAAAGCUAGACUGGAGCCCAAGGAGCACACAAUGGUCAACUCGAAUGGUCAGGAGGAGAAGUGGGACGAAUUCUUCCACAAGAGCAAGUGUGGUCAUGAGAAGACAGACUUUUGUAGCAGCUGUCUCGUGGGUAUCAUAGGUAUACAGUGGAAGUGUCUGGAGUGCACUCGCGACUUUUCGCUCUGCAACAAAUGCUGCGACAUCAGUUCUGACAUGCAUGAUCGAAGUCACUACUUGGAGGCAGUUGAGCCGAUGUAUGAUGAGGAUUAUAAGCCGUCGACCGGCAGCUCACCAAUCGAUUCUGAAUUCGACCUCGAUAGCUUUGAUCUAGAUGAAGAAGAUUAG